AAAAUAGUGUCGGAGUGUUCAGUGUCGGCCUGCUCGCACAGUCUGCCAGUAUUUUACUCGCCUCUCUACCGGGAAGAGCGUGCGAUGCGUGCACUCACGAUAAUAUUGGCGUUCGUCGCGCUCCAUCAUGUUCAAAGCGCAAAAAUUCUCGGUCUAUUUCCACAUACGGGGAAGAGCCAUCAUAUGGUUUUUGAACCCCUUCUAAAGCAGCUGGCUGAACGUGGACAUCAAAUGACUGUUGCGUCAUUCUUUCCCUUAAAAAAUCCACCUUCAAAUUAUACUGAUGUCAGUUUUGAAGGUAUCGCUGGUAUUGGUGUCGAGACAUUGGAUAUGUCAUGGUUCGAAAAUCCUAGUUUAGUUUUCCGAUUGCCGUUUGUGGGUGAAAUUUUAAAACAGUUUGCCGGUUUUCAACCUCUCGGCGGAAUGGCUUUAAACGUCUGCGGGAAGGCUAUAGAUUGGCCCCCGCUCGUGGACGCUUUGAAAGGCGACUUCGACAUCGUGAUUGUAGAAAACUUUAACAGUGAUUGCAUGCUGGGAUUGUUACAUGUUUAUGGAAUUAAAGCACCGAUCGUUGCAUUGUCGUCAUCGAAUGCAGUGCCGUGGGCUGCAGAGCGUAUCGGUUUUGUCGAUAAUCCGGCAUAUUUACCUGUGCUUAGUGCAAGUUGGGCAACUCCGAUGACUUAUUUACAAAGGGUUCAGAAUACGUUAGCGAAUCUGCUUUUAAAAUACUGGUUUCAUUUUGAUGUUCAAGAGAGGGAGAAGUCGUUAAUUGAAAAGCAUUAUGGCCUUAAAGUGCCUCUUGAAGAUUUGGCCAAAAAUAUAACAUUGUUGAUGGUCAACACGUUUCAUCCUCUGAAUGGUGUGCGCCCAGCAGUCCCGGGACUGAUCGAAGUUGGUGGUAUGCAUCUUGAUGAUACUAGAAAGCACAUACCGGGGUAUAUAGAGAGAUUCCUCAACGAAUCCGAGCAUGGCGUGGUCAUAUUCAGCUUCGGUUCUCUCAUCAAGACCGCUACGAUUCCUAAAUACAAAGAAGAGAUAAUAACUAGAGCGCUCUCCAAGUUGAAGCAGAGGGUGAUUUGGAAGUAUGAAAACAGUGCAGAGGAAGGUACUCUUACUGGAAACAUUUUGAGGGUGAGGUGGCUGCCUCAGUACGAACUGUUACGGCACAAAAAGGUGGUAGCAUUUUUGGCACAUGGAGGCCUUUUGGGUAUGACUGAAGCGGUAUCUGCUGGUAAGCCCAUGGUGGUUGUGCCAUUCUUCGGAGACCAACCGUCCAACGGUGCUGCGGCAGAAGCAGCAGGGUUGGCUAUAGUUGUCCCUUACUAUGAUCUUACUGAAGAAUCUUUAAGUGCUGCCCUCGAGAAGGUCUUAAGUGCUGAAAUGCGUUUGCAAGCGCGUCUACUCUCAAAUAUCUGGAAUGACAGACAAUCCCCGCCACUCGAGACCGCCGUAUACUGGGUUGAGAGGGUGAUUCGUUGGGGUCCAGCUGCGAAACUCCAUUCUCCAGCCAGGGAUAUGCCUCUCUACCAACUUGCCUUGCUGGACGUUAUGGCGGCUUUUAUCGCGUUUGUUAUUGCCAUUGUUGUUAUUAUUUGGUUUAUUCUUACGAGGAUAUCAAGGCUCUUUGUUAAGGACCGGAAGCAGAAGAUGCAUUAACAGACUAGCUUUGUUGGUUUGCUUUAUGUUUAUAUUUAAGCUUAGAUACAUUGAUAAAGACUCUUUCUUGUCUUUCUGGGGUUUAGAAUUCACGAUGUAACCAAACCUCAAUAUACAUCGCUUAGUUGUGAAAACAAUCAAAACAAUUGUUCUUUCGCUCAACUGUACAUUCCAACCUCCAGAGUUACAACACUAAAAGAAUUAAAUCAUUACAUAAAACAAAAUGACAGCUUUGCCAAUAAUAGGACUAUAGUGGUGUAGUUGGUGACAAGCUGUGUCUGUAUAAUAGAACAAAUAUAAGAAUUAAGUCUUAUUUAUAAUGAAAUCAUGAAAAUAAUAAUACUUCUUUUUAAAAACUAAUGUUAUAUUUGACUUAUUAAGCAUAUUUUGAAGUUAUUAUAAUUAUGGUGCUAAAAAACUAUUGAUAUAAGUUUUGUGGAUUCAUUAUAUCAAUAUGUUGUUACAUGUGUUAAACAAAGGUUUACAAAUUUAUCAUUGUUUAAAAAGAUAUUAUUUAGUUUUAGCUAAAUUUAGAAAAUCAAUAUAAAAAGUAGAAACAUACAACCGUAUUGUACACAUUCACGUAAUGUUGUUAUUACUAUCAGUUAUUAACUAAGCCAAUUUCAUUACGAUUUAUAAGUUGCUUCUUAUUCUUUGUAGUCGUCAUUACUCAAGGUCGGACUUGUCUUAAAAAGCCCUAACCGAUACGUCGAUUUGCUGCCUCCAUCCACUCUAUCCUCAGUUUGUCUCAUUGCAUUAGGUAUAUUGAGACCCAUAAAUGUCUUAAUUUGCAUUGCAUUCUCUCCUGCCAAUAUGGCUAAAGUACCUAAGCACCCGUUAGUAAAUGAUAGUUGACAGUUUUGUGAUCUAAUUAGUCGAGAAUGGACUUAUUGGUUCUUGUUGCUGUCCAUGGUAUUCACAACAUUCUCCUCCAAAACCACAUCUCGAACGCCUCUAUCUUUUUUUGGUCCGCUGCACGAAUUGACCAAGACUCUAAUUCGUACAAUAAAAUGGAAAACAACAAAGUUCUGAACCUGCGAACACCAAAACCUGCUCCAAGUAAUAUUUGACACGUUUCUAUUUAGCCAUAUUCUGGUCAGUUUACACUUUACUAAUUGCUGCUGUAGCCUGCUCUGGUUACUUAUGAAUGAUCCGAAAUAUCCAAAUUCGUCUACAAAUUCCAAGUCCAAGUUCUUCUUGACGUGUCCAGUCAGGUCCAGUCCAGUCUGAUCCACUAGCAUGACUUUUGUCUUUACCCUAUUAAUAGAAAGACCGACCAUUUCGCUUUCUUGCUGCACAGUUCCGCCAUUUCUCGUUACGAAGAGGCAAAUAACGUGUCAUCUGCGUAUCGGAGGUUUUCGAUUUUGUUGCUUUCAAUCAAAAUGCAUCCAUUCCAAUCUUCCAGCGCUACCCUCAUAUAUUCGAUUUAAAUAGCUAAGAGCUGAAAAAUGCAAAUGUAUAAUUAUAUUUGUAUGUAUUUAAAAUUAUUAAGUUUAUAAUUGUUAUGGUUAAAAGUAAGAAUCCUGUAACAAUUAUAUUUAAAUUACAUAAUUGUAAAGGAAUAUAUGGUCUUCCAUUAUAUGCGCAGUUUUAUAUCGUAGGAAAAUUCAAAUUAGGGCGUUAGCCUGCCGAAACUAUGUUACCAAAGUUUGCUUUGUUAAAUUAUAUUUAUUAAAUGUUA